ACGAGCACGAUGACAGGUGGGUCCCGCUGCCUCGCGGGCACGGUGCACCGUUGGAUUCGUUCCAUGGUCUACAUGCCAGUGAGAAAGUGCACGGGGACUCUAGAGUAAACCCCGGUGCCACCGACGGCGGCGGCGACGAAUCGAGCAGGCGCGGCGGCCAUGGCGGCGGCGGUUGAGAGCGUGGUGGUGGUCCAUAACGUGGCGAAGCGGCACAACGUGGGGACGCUGGCGCGGAGCGCGACGGCGUUCGGCGUCGCGGAGGUGGUCGUCGUCGGCCGCCGCGAUGUCAGCGCCUUUGGCAGCCAUGGCGCCACCUCGCACCUUCGCUUCCGUCACUUCGUCUCUCUCGCGCUCGCCCGCGCCUACCUCAAGGAUGAGAGAGGAUGUGACAUUUGCGGCGUGGAAAUCACCGACGACGCGCAGCCGGUGACCGCCCACCCGUUCCGUCGGAGCACUGCGUUCCUCUUCGGCAAUGAGGGUACUGGACUUUCACAAAAAGAGUGCGAGAUCUGUGACUUCUUUGUCUACAUCCCUCAGUAUGGUGGUGGAACUGCAUCUCUCAACGUUACUGUUGCAGCUUCAAUUGUUCUCCACCACUUUGGGGUCUGGGCUGGCUUUACUGAACGAGGCCGAGAGGGCAACAAAUUCGUGGUCGCUGAAAGACCACAGGGGCACUCGAGGGGACUUUACUGUACAGACUCGGUUGAAGCAGUGGUUGAAGAGCGGAAAAUGCGAAAAGAAAAUGCCUGCGAUGUACUCGAGGAAAAUGGGUGCAGCCACCUUCAGGAAUCAAACGGUCUAGACUUGAUGUUUGCAGACUAGAGUAUGACAACAUGUUAUCCCAUCUCUGAUGUUAAAUCUACUCCCUGCAUCCUCAUUGAUGGCACAAAGUUGCAAUACAGAACAUGACAGGGCUUAUGAGAGAGAGAGAGAGAGAGAAAUUUAUCCUG